AUGCAUUACAAUAAAAAGCAAUUACAAGAAAAAACACCAAAUUCUCUUAGGGAGAGAGUAUCCAGAACAAAUAUUGAGCCUGUAAUGUGCACAGGAUGUUUAGAAUUUUAUGCCAGAACAUUUUUUAAAAGACACACUAUCAAAUGUAAUGAAAACUCAUGUACAUCUUUAAUACCUUUACCAAUUUCGUCUAUGGAUAACUUAAUAAAAGAUUUAAGCGAAGAUUUUAAAAAAAAUAUUAUUGAAAAAUUAAGAGAUGACGAAAUUGGAAAAUCAGUGAAAAAUGAUCCGAUAAUACUAAUGAUAGGUUCUCGUCUUUUUAAUAAAAUAAAAAGAAAAAAAGAUAAGCAAAAUGAAGUGAAGAGAUCCGUAAGAGCUGACAUGAGAAGAUUAGCUAAUUUAUAUCAAAAUUUUAAAAAGUUUCAAAUUAAAACUGUGUACAAUAAUGCAACGGACAUGUUUUUGAGGACAAACUUUAUGCAUCUCUCUUCAGCAAUAUUAGUUUACACAUCAUCAGAAAACGAAGAGCAAAAAUCAGCUUUAAAACAUGCAUUAUGCUAUUUGAUAUUGAAUGCAGCUGAAAAACUUGUUGGACAUUUUUUAUCUCUAGAAAAUGAUAGCGUUGCCAAUGAUAUUUGCAAUUUUAUUAAACUUUUUAAACUCGAGAAAGAUAAUAUAUUUGCAGAUGCAAAUUACGAUCUGAUUUCCAGAAGAAAUAGAAAACACAAAAAGCCAGUAAACUUGCCACUUGAAAACGAUAUUGAACUGCUUAGAAAUUAUACCAUGGUGACAAUUGAGAAGAUUGUUAAUGAUAAAUUUAUAACGUGGGAUAUACAUUAUUUUGUGUUACUAAGAAACUGCCCAGUCACAAGGUUGUUUUUUUGGACAGGUUUCUGUAAUAUGAUUUUCUUAUUCUUAAGGUUGACAAUAUUUAACGGAAAAAGGGGUGGUGAACCUGCUAGGUUGCUUAUCAGUGAUUGGAAAGAUGCAGAUGAAGAGGCGUGGUUAGACCAACAAAGAAUUAAAACAUUGCAAAGCAAAGAAACCAAAAUUGCUUAUCAAAUUGGAAAAGGAAACAGAGAUGUUCCCUUUUUAUUCCUAAUGACACAGUAG